AUGGCGCAAACUCAUCGCGUGUUACAUAAAACAACAAAUAAAGAAGAAGAGAAGAUUCGAGCAGCAGACAUCAGUAAGAUGUUCAUCAUGAGAGAUCAGAUGGAUGUGAUGUGCUGUAAAUCAGUAGGAACUGAUCUGUCCAUGCUGGAUAUUGAUGAUUUGAUGACAGAAAUCUCUCAGCUGAAGAAGGAGGUGGCGUUACUGGAGUCAAAGCUCAGACAGAGAGAUGAACUCAACACAAAGGAUGUAUUUGGUGUCUCUCUCUGUGGCUUUACUGAUCAAACAUCUACAGAUCUUCUGGUUUCUGUCUGUAAUGAAGACCAGAAGACAUCAGUGAAUCUGCUGGACUGUGGGAUAGAAGUGAAACAAGAAGACACAGAAGCAGAUGAAGGUGAUUUGAUUUAUUCAGACCUGAUGAAGCCAAAAGAAGAAAUCACAAAUGCAAGAGAACAGACAGAUCAAGAUCUGAAAAUAGUAAAGGAGGAAAUUUCACAACUCAAUGAAAUGGAGGAGAAACCUCAUCAUUUGAUACUCAAGGAAGAAUCUCUGAGCUGCUCGAUUACUGUGAGGAAUUUGUCUCCUAAAAGAAAAAAAAAGAAAAAAUCAACAGCCAAGGAUGUCCUUAUUUGCCCUCAGUGCGGGAUGACCUUUACCUAUAAAUGUAAAUUUAAUUACCACACGAGAACCCACACAGGAGAGAAACCUUAUAGAUGUGAUCAAUGUGAAAAGGCCUACAACAGAAGUUGGGACCUUAAUGAGCACAUGAAAACCCACACUGGAGAACAGCCUAGAUGUGAUCAGUGUGGAAGAACCUUCACUCGUAAGUCUGACCUGAACAAGCACAUGAAAGUUCACACUGGAGAAAAACCUUAUAGCUGUGAUCAGUGUGGAAAGGCCUACAACAGAAGUUGGGACCUUAAUGAGCACAUAAGAACCCACAAUGGAGAACAGCCUAGAUGUAAUCAGUGUGAAAGAACCUUCACUCGUAAGUUUGACCUGAAAAAGCACAUGAAAGUUCACACUGGAGAAAAGCUUUACAGAUGUGAUCAGUGUGAAAAGACCUUCAAGAAGAAAGUCCACCUUAAGGUUCACACAAGAUUUCAUACUGGAGAAAAGCUUUACAUAUGUGAUCAGUGUGGAAAUUAUUUUAUUCAUAAGUCUGAACUUAACAGGCACAUGAGAAUUCACACUAAAGAAAGGCCUUAAAAAGCCCCUACUAUGCUGGUUUUCACGUUUAAAGAGUUCAGAUCCAAAACCACUAAACGCCACCUUGGUCAAAGAGUUAAUGAUAUUAACCAAAAGCUCUUGGCAUGUAUUAUACGUUCAAUAAAUACUUCUGCUUCAAAUUUGCUUAAUCCCAGCCUAAGACCAUUCAGAAAUACUGGUUUGUUUCCAGAAUCCAUUAAGAGUCUGAUAGAAAUGCUCUUUUACAAGAAAAGACAUCAGGGUGGUUCCAGACCAUUUUUUUUGGGUGGGGGGCUUCAGCCACCCUACAAUUAUUAAGUCUAUUAAACCAUCAAAUAGUUAGAGCGAACAAACAAACUUGAAAAGUAACAAACAGGGCUCAAUGCAAAUAAUUUUUAAUAUGAUUCGAAUGUUUUUUUCUUUUAAUUUUGAUGAUUAUGACUGACAACAAUGCGUGAAUGCGACAGCUGAAACCCAGGUCUUGCAUACAACUGUGCAUAGUGAUUCUUGAAGCACUGACUCCAGCUGCAGUCCACUCUUUUUGAAUCUCCCCCAAAGUUUUGAAUGGGUUUUGUUUCACAAUCCUCUCCAGGGUGCGGUUAUCCAUAUUGCUUGUACACUUUUUGCUACCACAUCUUUUCCUUCCCUUCGCCUCUCUAUUAAUGUGAUUGGACACAGAGCUCUGUGAACAGUCAGUCUCUUUUGCAAUGACCUUUUUUGUGUCUUGCCCUCCUUGUGCAAUGUGACGGUUGUCCAAAAGACCACCCUUGACAAGUAAGCAGUCUUCCCCAUGAUUGUGUAGCCUACAGAACUAGACUGAGAGACCAUUUAAAUGCCUUUGCAGGUGUUUUGGGAUAAUUAGCUGAUUCCAGUGUGGCACCAGAUGUUUUCAAUAUUGAACCUUUUCACAAUAUUCUGAUUUUCCUUAGUUUUCAGUUAUAAUCAUCAAAAAUAAAAGAAAUAAAAAUUUGAAAUAUAUCAGUCUGUGUGUAUUGAAUGAAUAUAAUAUACAAGUUUUUUGAAUGGAAUUAGUGAAAUAAACAACUUUUGA